AAUCCCAGCUAAAGUAGAAGAAACAAAUUAGGAGUUGAACUAUUUGUUGAUUACUGCAAGAUUCAGUUAGUGAAAUAUGUCUGCAAUCUAUGAUAGCUGGGAGAGGCUGGUGGCUGCUUCUAUGAAGAAACAGCAGAUAUGGGAACUCUCCGAUGAUUCGUAUCUAUCUUCUUCCUUUGGUGAUCUGAGCUUUGAAAUUUCAAGAUCACACAAGCUGGUUCUUGUCUCGCAGUUUUGCCCUGCUUUUGAUGUCGAAGAUGUAGCCUUGGCUUCUGUGAAGUUGCUUGGGGCCGGAACCUUUGGAAGUGCGUACGUGGCUAUGAUGGAUGAUCAGCCAAGAUUUGUGGUGAAGAGGCUCGGGUCGGAGAUUCUUGGAGAUGUUAGGCACGAAAAUGUGGUCGCGUUAAGAGCUUAUUAUUCUUCGAAGAAUGAAAGGCUUGUGCUGUAUGAUUAUUACAGUAACGGAAGUGUGCAUUCGUUGUUACAUGGCCAAACGGCACAGGCAGACUGGGAAACCAGAGUAAAAAUUGCCAUUGGUGCAGCGAGGGGCAUUGCUGAAAUACAUAAAGAAUUUGGUGGGAUGCUUGUCCAUGGAAACAUUAAGGCAUCAAAUAUUUUUCUCAAUCAGCAACUACACGGCUGUGUAUCAGAUUUCGUCUUGUCAAACAUGCCGAAAACUAGACUCAAACCAACUUCAUCAGAUGUGUAUAGCUUGGGAAUUAUGCUACUCGAGCUUCUAACUAGAAAGAAUCCUGCAGCUGUUAAACCUAGUCAAGCUGGUUAA